AUGACAUCAAAGCACAAUGCUCGUCAAUUUUUCACUUCUUAUUCAUUACAUUUUCCUUUUAAUAACAAUUCAAAAACUGAUGAUUCUAAAUCAUUCACAAGUUUAGAUAUAGAGAACAUUUUUGGAUUACACCAUUUAUCUUCCAAUUUAAAUGCAAUUUUACAUCAUCGAUCUAGAUCAAAUAAGACUUUAAUAAAUACAAGUGCCAAUAAUAAAGAUUCAAAUAAAAAUGAUUUCAUAAUUAAUGGUUCUCUAUUUGAUGCACAAUUAUUUCAACCUAUUCGGUCAUCUUAUACAUUUGAUUAUGCAAAUAUAUCAGAAGAUCUCAAUCGACAUUUUGAAGGUGACGAUAUAUCAUCAAAAUGUUCACCAUUAGAUACUCAUCUAUUUAAAUUAGCGUUUAUCAUGACAUUAUCAGAUGGGUAUGUUGAUAAAGAACUUUUACUUGAAUAUUGUCCACAUGAAGAUGUAAAUGUAAAUAUUCUGGAAGAAAUUUCACAUUAUAAACGAUUUUGUUUUCCUGAAUUAAAUUCUAAACAAAAAACUAGUGGACAACUUUUAACUGAUCCAUCAACAUAUGUUUUUACACGAACACUUUCAAAUGGACAAGUUGAACAUGGUUAUUGUCGACGAUUAACAACAGGUUAUAAUCAAAUGACAAAAUUUCCAAUUGUAUUUUGCAUAGUUUCGAUUUAUUCAAAUUUUAAACUUUACGAUGCUAUUUUAAAAGAACUAACUAAAGUGUACAUCUCAAAUGAACUUCAAUGUAAUGUUUUAAUAAAAUCAUUCUACUCGAAACCAUUACCUGUUCCUACUCUGAAUUCAUCAGGUAUAUCAUGUAUACUCAAUGAUCGUCGUAUAUUUUAUUAUACAUGUCCUCGUGAUAAUCGUCUUAAUCAUGAUUAUUAUUCUACAUUACUUUCAUGUCUAUCACCAAAUCAUAUUGUUUAUUUAUUUGAAUCAAUGUUAUGUUCAAAACGUAUAUUAGUUUUUUCACGUUAUCCAUCAAAAUUAUCAAAAUGUUGUCUUGCUUUGUCAUUGUUAAUUUAUCCAUUUAUAUGGCCUUUUCCAUUUGUUUCAUUAAUGCCAUCAUCAUGGUUACAUGAUUUGGUUGAUUCUCCAUGUCCCUAUAUAUAUGGUUGUUUAUAUGAAACAAUAGGAGAUAUGCCAUCAACAUUCGAUCAUGAUACAAUACAUGUUGAUCUUGAUUUAGAUACAAUUGAAGAUUUUACUGAUAAUAUAUAUUCAUUACCAUUCAAUCUUCGACAAACAUUCGAAUCUUCACUUGAAUAUAUAAUAAAAUAUCGUUUAAUGAAAUUAAAUUCAAAUUUAAUUAAUAUAGCUGUUAGUGAAGCAUGUUUACGUGUAUUUACAGAAUUAUUUUAUCGUUUACCAGAUUAUGUUAAAAAUAAGAACAUAUUAAUUAAAACAAAUGAUGACCAAUUUUCAAUAUGUUCAAAUUAUUUUCAAUAUCAUGAUAGUGGUAUUGAUCUUCAAUCACUUGUAUCUGCUGAUUCAGAACAGACAACAACAAAUCAUGAAGAUAAACAAGACAAAAAUCGAAUCGAUGAUGAUUUUCAUUUCGAAGGAUUUCUUAGAGUGCAGCCAACAUCUUCUGUUUCAUUUCUUAAAGGAUUUAUUCAUGGAAUGAUAUUUUUAAAAUUUCUUGAUGAUUAUCAACGAACUGAUGAUAGUAAUACAGAAUCAUUUUCGCUUUUUUCUCAACGUUUAAAUGAACGACGUCAAAUGACAUUCGAUGAUUUAUCAAUAAAUCCAUUAAUGAGAUUUCAACAAACAUUCGAUUUAUUAGUAAAACAAAUUAAUCAAGUAUCUAAACAAACAAAUCCAUCUAUUUCGAAAUAUCUAAAAAAAAUUUUUGAACAGAAUUAA